AGCAGAACUCCGAGCACCGGAUACCCCCACCCUACAUCGCCGGCAGCUCCCGAGGUACACCGGAGACUCCUGGUCCCCUAGUCUCGAUAAGAGAGGAGACCUGAGCUGUUUCGAGAGAGGGGACUGCACUGAGCUCGCUAGGAGGCUAUUCAUCAAUCAGAGUGUUGAGGAGGCACCAGUUAGCUGGACGUCCAGGCAGCAGUGGGGGAAUGAGGUGGAGAACAGCCCGAUGCCGAGCCCUGUGGCUGGUCUAGGGUGCAUCGAUGACCAAACUCCUGAUUGUCCAUCUGGUCACCAUCGCAGACCGCUCAGUCCGACAGCACAGCAGAAACGAGCAGAGCAGAGGAGGAGAGAGAUCCUGCUUCUGGGCCCCGUAGCGUUGGACUCUCCAGAGGAGGAUGAGGGUUGUGAUGAGGAGGGACAGGGCAAUGAGAUGGAGGGAUUUGAGGCUGAGCAGCAGGGGGUAGGGGAGGCUCCAGAGGCAGAGCAGAACGGAGCCAUGGGAGGUUCGUCCUCGCGGAGCUCCAGCGGGGUGACAGGAAGCCUGGGAGACAGAGACUGUGUGUCCCCUGAGUCCAGUCAGUCCAGUCACCAGAGCAACGAGACCGGGGCCGCCACCUCAGGAAUACAGACGGACAGUGGCUGUGCAUUGCCUGUGCCCUCGCUCCAUUGUCAAAGGAUCGCUCGUGCCAAGUGGGAGUUUUUAUUUGGGACCCCUGCUGAGGAGGCUGCUAGCAGGGGAGAGAAAAAUUCUCUGGAAGCCUCCACAGCUCCUCCCAGUGGUAACUCCAGCGAGUCUCCCACACCAACUCCCCCUUUCUCCCUCCCUCUGCUUUCUGCCAAUCACAACGUACAACAAGUUGAGGUAGAGCUGGUGACCCCUCCUCCAGCUGUCAUCGGGACUUCCCCCAAAACUGGCAUUAUUCGCCGGACCUUAAAGUACUCAGAAACUGACCUUGAUGCAGUUCCUCUUCGCUGCUACCGAGAGACGGACAUAGACGAGGUGCUGCUGGCGGAGCUGGACGACGCCGACUCUGCGUUUGGGAGUAACCGCAGCGUCCAGGGCACCUCGGGUACAGGCAGCAGCCCACUGGGGGGUCUGGCUUAUGGUAGGACAGAUGGGGAGGUCACAGAGAAGAGAAGGGGAGAGGGUGAGGAGGAGGAGGAGGAGGAGGAGGAAGAAGAGGAGGAGGAGGAGGAGGAGGAGGAGGAGGAAGAAGAAGAAGACGAGGAAGAAAUGGUGAGCUGGGCCAGUGUGAGGAUGCAAGGAGACAACAGGAAGCAGCAGCAUGCAGCUCAGGAGGACCCAGAGGUGUUUGGUCACCUUAUGAAGAGACCAAUGGCAACAUUUUUUGACAACCACCACCCGGCCCUGAAAUCCCCCAUCUUGGUCUCCGGCCCUCGCUGUGCUGCAGAGGACACCUUCAGCCGCCACUUUGAGAGCAUCAUGGAGUCUCACCGAGCCAAAGGCACCUCGUACAACAGCCUGGACAGCGAGGAGCUGCUUACCUCGAGCACCCAAACCGUCCUGACCUUUGACCUGCCCACAUUAACCCCUGCCAUCCACGGUCCGGUCUGCCAGAGCACCAGGCAGAUCGUCCAGCUCAGCUUCGCCCCACUGGCACACGAUGAGAGGCCCAGUAUCUCCGAUUCAAUCUUCACCAUGACUGGGGACUCGGACGCCACCAGAGCCCCGUCCAGCGAGAGGCUGAGCAGCGGUUCGGACGACACGCCACCCAAAGGACGAGGGUAUUCACAGCUGGGGAGCAGCUGGUACAGCAACCCUUCUUUCUCAUUACCAAGCAGGGACAAGGCCCGCCUGGCGACAGAUUCGGAGCUGGACCAGGACCUCAGUGAGCGGCUGGGUCUGGGCAGCAGUGAGACCCUCACCAAUGGCAGCCACCGUGCUGACGUGGCAGCCGCCAGACGCCUGGCCAAACGUCUCUUCAACUUGGACGGCUUCAGGAAGUCCGAUGUGGCGCGGCACCUCAGCAAGAAUAAUGACUUCAGCCGAAUGGUUGCAGAAGAGUAUCUGAGCUUCUUCGACUUUGCGGGCCUCGCUAUUGACCAGGCAUUGCGGACUUUCCUCCGGCAGUUUGCCCUGAUGGGGGAGACUCAGGAGAGGGAGAGGGUGCUGGCACACUUUUCUAAGCGUUAUUUGGACUGCAACCCAAAAGUCAUACCAUCAGAGGAUGCAGUUCACACUCUCACCUGCGCCGUCAUGCUGCUGAACACUGAUCUACAUGGUCAGAACAUCGGUAAGAGGAUGUCGUGCACGCAGUUCAUCAGCAACCUGGAGGGACUGAACGACGGCCAAGAUUUUCACAAGGAUCUGCUUAAAGCUCUCUACAACUCAAUCAAGAAUCAGAAGCUGCAAUGGACACUCGACGAGGAAGAGCUGCGGAAGUCGUUCUCGGAGCUCGGGGACAGCCUGUGUGACUCCACCGCCUCCAGAUCUCUGAAGGCGGAGGGCAGCAGUGGGAAGCCCCCGACAGAGGAGGCGCAUCCGUCCGGGUCGCUGCUCUACAAGAACGGCUUCCUCGUCCGCAAAGUGCACGCAGACUCUGACGGCAAGAGAACACCAAGAGGGAAGAGAGGUUGGAAGACCUUCUAUAUCAUCCUCAAAGGGCUUAUUCUCUAUCUGCAAAAAGGGGAGUACAGGCCUGACAAACAGCUAUCAGAGGAGGACCUGAAGAACGCUGUGUCCAUCCACCACUCUCUGGCCAUGAAGGCUUCAGACUACAGCAAGAGACCCAACGUCUUCUACCUGCGCACCGCCGACUGGAGGGUGUAUCUCUUCCAGGCCCCGAACGCGGAGCAGAUGCAGUCUUGGAUCACAAGGAUCAACACGGUGGCCACCAUGUUCUCAGCUCCUCCUUUCCCAGCCGCCAUCGGCUCCCAGAAGAAGUUCAGCCGGCCGCUGCUGCCUGGGACCAUGUCAAAGCUGUCCGAGGAGGAGCAGGUCAGAUCCCAUGAAAACCGCUUCAGAGCCCUGUCCACUGAGCUGACUGAGCUACGCUCCUACCCCCCCGACCGCAAGGUCAAAGGGCGCGAGCUGGAAGAGUACCGGCAGCGGGAUGAGUACCUGGAGUUUGAGAAAACCCGGUACGGGACGUACGUCAUGCUGCUGCGAGCUAAGAUCCGGAGCGGUGAGGAGGACCUGUCUCUGUUCGAGUCCCAGCUGCUGGAGGACAACAGUCUGCAGAGGGCCCACUCCAGCCCCACGCUGCAGGACAGCAGCCAGGCCAGCCAGGUGAGCAAGGCCAGCAGCGCCCGGGACGGGGGCAACAGCAGCAGGGCCAGCGGCUGCAGCGGCAAGCUGCGGCAGGACGGCCAGAGACACAGCUACCGGCAGGCCGUCAAAAAGUGAGGCGGGGGGGGGGCGCCGGGAGCGGCACAGCGUUGCACUGCCAGGCCGUCUCCCUGCAUAGGUUUUUAUUUGAGAUCCAGGAGGGUUUGGAGCUCUGCUUGAAGGGGGAGCAGGAGUGAGGGUCUCUACCCCACUCCCUUCCCCCAAAACCAUGACGCCCUACCCGGCACCCCAAUCUUCUCGUGGGACUGAGGAGGUGCAGAUCCUGUGAAUGGAAGAGGAGCACCAGCAGGGGUGUGGGUGCAGGAGGUGGGAGGUCACACAUCUGCAGAGACGAUGUGUCUGUGGGAGCAGCGCAGACUGAGCGGGAGGAGAAGUGCUCAUACACAGGGACGUACAUCCAGCUUCUUUCCUUUUCUCCUCUUCUUUCACCUCUCCAGCCACGUUCUCCCACCUUUUCUCUUGACUUUUCACUCAGUUUUGGGACCAAACUAUUAAAACAUCACAUUUUAAGACGACUUGUUUUCAGUUGUACUGCUGCAGCCGCUCUGAUCGGAGCGCUGUAUCAGUCACUGGACCUGAACACAUCACCAGGUCUUAUGGAGCCAUUUACAGUCCAGCUCCUUGUUUUCUGCCACAUCACCACGGUGUGUUCACAUCCCGCACACAGGCCGGACAUUACAGCUUUUAGCUUCUAUUUCACUGAAGGUGGAUCUACACACUGUGCACAACACAUAGCGAUGGAGUGAUGAGGGCGAUUAGACCGUGCAGCUCCGCUUUCUCUCAGCACUGACGGCUAAAUAGAUGUCAGUAGAACUUCACUCCUGAUAUGCAGCAACUGCAUCUCAUCUAGGUCUUUUUUCUUUUGCUCUACUUGAAAAAGAGAUCUCUUUCCCAGUUGCUUUGGCUUCUGUCCCGUGGUGUGCUUCUGUUCUCUUUCUAUUUCUUGGCCGAAUGUUGUUUUCCCCAGUGAUCCGCAUGCCUGCAUCCAGCACUGCUUCUUUUAAGCCUUUUACUACUUCAAGGGCAAAAACUGAGAGCAGCAAAAGUUGUUCUCUGGGGUCAUUUAAGUCCUUUUUUCUUCAUACCCGACAUGUGUUAUCUCCGUAAUAGCCUCUCAUUUAUAAUAGCCUAUUUUCACACUCACCAGGCAGACCCUGAAUGUUCUUGUUUUUUCAAUAUUUUUACAGUAUUUUACAGUCGUUUGUUGUUGUUGAACCUAUUCCUCCUGUGUAUGUCAAGUGUAUGAUGAAAUAUGAUAUUGAAAAUGUUAAAGGAAAAAUAUGUUAUCCAUGCUCUUUGUAAAACAUCCACGAUGUGUUGUAUAUAUAGCAGCUUAUAUUGUAGGAUAUAUGAAGGUAUAUUUACAAUAUAUUCACACACACUAUUGCGAAGAUGCGUUCGGUGGGCCGCACUUCACGUUUAUUGUAAGUCCUGAAAGCGCUACACGAUAAUCAUAUGUUGUUGGUUUUUUUUCUUACAUGUUGGUAAUAAUUCAGCACAAUAUGAGUAUUUCAGUGACGCCUAUGUACCUAUCAAAGAUUAGUAAAUGAUCGAAAUGGUGUUUGUGACGGGAUUACACGGAGAAAAAAAAAGCGAAUUCACGUAAGGAUUUCAGAUGGCAGUAAUCCAAAGAAAGCGCAUGGUUGGCUAUGACUUAAUAGCAUGAUUUUAAAGGGAUCAGGGUAAGAUAUGCAUGAAAAAGGUAGAGAAUGUAAAAAAAAAAGAAAGGAACUCUUCAUUUAGUAGGGUGUUGGCAGCCUAUGGUGUUUUCGGUAGCCAUAAACGCCUCAUAGCCAUUUUCUACUCAGGCUUUAGAACGACACCUUGAGCAGCUGCAGUGCCGGCAUCCGACCAGCAGGGGGAGCUGUUCACGUUUUUUUCAGCCAUAAACACACCUGCUGCACCUGCAGUGAAUAUGCAUGAUAUAAUCCCACUCACCUGAUGGGUGGGGUUGGGUAUUGCAGGGCUAAAUGACACAACACCUGUUUGUAUUAACUGUAGAGUCCGUGUGUGUUUGAGUGUGUCUCGCUGUGGAUGUUAGCGUGAGCAUGCUGGAGCCUGUUUGUUGCUUCUUUCAUCCGGCAUCAGUUCCCAUGUUGUUAUCUUUGAAUGUGAUUUCUUUAUUCAUGAUCUAAUAUUCUAAGCCUAGCCGAACUCUUUUCAUCCAUGUCAUUUUUCAUGAAAAAUGACAAACAUUUCUCAGUUAUUGCAACUUCAUUAUAAGUUUCUUCUUCUUUUCUUCGUCUUAUGGGAGGGUGUUGCGAUAUAGCAGGAUCGACAAAAGCCGUAAUUUCAGUUCCUUUCGGUUCUCGCUUUGUCUCCCUCCUAAACGAUUCAUUGAUAAGGAAAAUAAUGUAUUCUCAUCUGCAUUUCAUUCUUUGCUUUUGUUCUCUUUCCUUCGCCUCAAUCAUCUCACUGAUCUCACUUUGUAUUCGAUGGUUUAAAAAAAGGUGUAUGUGCCAUAGCUGACAUCUUGUACCUUUCACCAGUUAUGUAACGCGCCAUUACAGCUUUGUGUUUAUUAAUAGCGUCUGCUGUUUAUAAUGUGGCCAAUCUGUGGAAGAGCAGUCGGACUCAUGUUGAGUGCCAUUCAUGGUGUUCUGAGGGGAAUUGAUUCAUUCAGUUACAUCACAUGCAUUCCAAUAUUUCAAGCUUUUAACGGUACUUCUCACAUUUCACUCGAGAUCACACCAUUUACAUAAGCACAUAAUGUCAAACAUCUUCUGGUUCUGGCUUCUCAAUGGUAAAGAUUUGCUGUGUGUUGGUUAAAAAAUGAUGUCAGUUUAGACUGUCCGAAGUUGCAUUUUUUUACUUUUUUUUUCACAAACUAAACUAAUAAUUGCAAAAAUAUCCAGCCGAUUAGGGGAGACACUACAGGAGAAAAAAGGUAAUAUGUAAAAAUAACCAGGAUUACUUACAUUAAGACAAGACUAGGCCUAAGUCUUUUGAAAUGUUUGAUUCAAAUUUAAAAUAAAAAAUAUAAAUAGCUUAAUGUAUAUUUUGAAUUCUUUAUUUCCACUACUUUCAAAGGCAUCAAAUUGUGCCUGUAGUGUCUCUACUUAGUCAACAAGACAAAUAAAUCACAGACUGAAGACUGUUCUUAAAAUGUUAAGAAUUGAUUUUAGAUCAUUCAACAAAAAAAUACCUGAAUGUAAACAUCUCAAAGGCAUACAUUGUAGUGAAAAUAUAUUAUUUACCCAAUAGGUAAUAAGAGUAACAAGAAGAUGCAAAACCAGAUCUGGUACUGAUGGUUCUAUUCUGGGAUCAGGCUGUAGACUCUCUACAGUGAGGAUGGAUGGAGUAUGAAAGGAGCCUCCACCUUGACAACUGUCCAAGGUCCUCCUCCCCCCCUCUCCUCCUGCCAUGUGUUAUCACUGCUCACUUACAUCAAAGAGCAGCUGCAGGAUCUCCAUGGCGCUGGUUAGCAUGGAGAUGGCUGGUUCCCCUGGUGACGGCUGUGUGAUGCUCUUGUGAAAGUCACCCUGUUGAAGUGUGUUCGCCGCGGUACAGUACCUCUGUUACAGCAGCAGUGCAUGCCUGCAGCUGUCCUUUAAAAAACAUUCAUUUCUGCCCAUGAACGCCUCAUCUCUGAAUGUAAAUAAAGCAUGAGAUAUUAUGGCCUGUUUUAAUUUAUAUUAUGGUUAGAGUAUUAAAUGAAGGGUUAAUAUUUAAGGUAGGUCAACAUAUUUUUUCCUGUCCUUGAGCUCAUGGUCGUUUUUUUUUUACAUUUCUUUCAAUGUGAAUGAAGGAAAUGUCUAUAUUUAACGCUGUUGUAUGCUGUUGUGUUUUAGAGAGCCAGCUCAUACAAAUGUUUUUACAUGUAGAGGUCUGAUCUGAUCCAUCUCAGUGUUUUUUAGACUGGUGCAGGUAAGGCAAUGUUCAUUUAAUGGUACACAUACAGUGAGCUACACGUGUCACUGCCUUGUUUAAACUCACCAAGGAAAUGUUGUUUGUGAGCUUCUCAUUUUGGGAGGCAUAGAAGAUGAAAAUAAAAGUGUUUUGAAAGGUU